UGACAACUCAACCCACACGGUGUAGGUUUUUCUUUUACGCCAUACAACAAUGACAAUAGAUCCUGGAUUGACAUGCCCUCGUGAAAUCAGGUGUGACUCGGAACAGGAUAGAAUUCGCGAUCUGUCAAGAUACUACUGUACAUUCGAUCAGGACACUCAAUCGACAACUGGCCCGUCUCUUUCGCCUGAUCCUACGCUGACUGCGCUCACGCAACUUGGAGUCUACCGUUUUGGAUGCAACCGUGCCUUCGUUUCCAUCAUCGAUGGUCAACAGCAACACCUCAUCUCCGAAGCAACCGCCUCGGUCUCGUUACGCGAUAAAGAAAACCACCUUCCCGAUGAUGGUAUCUUCCUCGGAGUCCGGACGCUCGAUCUGGAAUGGGGUGUCUGCCCUCACGCCAUUCGUCUUUUCACCGGACAGGAUCCCUCGAAGAUCCUGAAUACAGAAAACAUCACCGCAAAUCGAACCCGCAAUAUCAUCCGCGAUUUUACCGCCGAAGACUUCUAUAAUAACCGCCCUUACGUCCUAGAUUGGCCUCACUUCCGGUUCUAUGCGGAAGUGCCCCUAUACAGUCCCUCCGGAUAUGUGCUAGGUUCAUAUUGUGUGGUGGACAACAAAACACGGACAGAGUUCAGAGAUGAAGAUGUGGCGGCUCUACAGGAAAUUGCAGAUGCCAUCGCCCAGCAUCUUGAGAAUGUUCGGAUCGUUCAUUAUCACCAACGGGCUGAAAGUUUGGUGAAAGGCUUAACAAAUUUCGUCAAAGGGCACACGAAAUCAGACCUCGCUGAUAAUUCAAACCGACUUCCAGUGUCACGAGAGAAACUGAGUUUUCACAAUCUGAUCUCUUCGGAUAGCGACCCUCUCGCAAAAGGACCGGAUGCGUCUCUCCCAACAUGUAAAUCCCUCAGUGAUAAAUCAGCUUUAGAUCGAUCAUAUUCAACGACCCAAGAAGAGGCGGCCGUGUCCCUUUUCUCGGAGGCAAAAUCGUCGGGGAUAACACAACCUACAAGCCAACCAUCAUCGCUUGCUCCAGGCUCACCGCAAUCAACAGAACCGUUAGCCUCUGACGAGUACUUUCUAGAUUCAACGAUGGAUGAUGUGUCCAUUACUGAACGUGUGGCUGCGAUAUUCUCCCGCGCCGGUCACGUCCUCAGGCACUCGAUGGAUCUGGACGGUGUAGUCUUUCUCGAUGCUCGUCAAAGUGACUCGCGAUUUGAUCUCUCCGAUGUUUCCGGGAACGAAAUCCUUUCAUCCACCAACGAGCCUCUGGGUUUGAUGAACGACCCGGAGGAUGGUCUUGAUGGCAGCAACUUUGCCACCCACUCGCCAGAUAGCUCGGGAGAUUUGUGUCGCCCCUUAAACCAUAGUACAAGCAUACCACCCAUUGAUGAAUCAAGUUCAGAACCUGAACUCAAUUUGUCAGAACAAUUUCUACAAAUGCUGAUUAAAAAGUUUCCGAGUGGGCAUAUAUUCGACAUGGAGGAAGACCGGACAGACACUUUGGAACAAAAGGUUUCUCGCCACCUUGCAUAUAAACUACCGGAUGCGAAAUCAGUACUCUUCAUGCCUCUGUGGGAUUGGAAUAAAUCCCGUUGGUUAGCUGGAACGCUAGUCUGGACGCAUGACCAUCGCCGUCCGUUGGGUAUCGAAGAACUGCAUUACUUCAAAGUUUUUGGUGAUUCCAUUAUUUCUGAGGUAUCUCGGGUGCACUGGAGCGCGACGGAGAAGUCCAAAUUCGACUUCGUAUCAUCUAUUAGCCACGAGCUUCGCUCCCCGCUGCACGGCAUACUUGGAAGCACAGAGUUGAUGCGAUCUUUGCCUCUCCAACCCGCCCAGCAUGAUGUCAUCAAAAUGAUAGAAAGAUCGGGACUGACCUUGUUGGACACGAUUGAUCAUCUGUUGGAGUAUUGUAAAAUAAACGAUCUGGCGACUAAGAAUUCCGGUGAUACCAAAGCGCAGGUUGAGGUGACGAACCGGGAUUCCGACUUUGACCUUGGCAUACUAGUCGAAGAAGUAGCCACCGUGCUUUGCGCUGGCCAAAAACCGCAAUAUGUCACCGAUUCCUCGGUUACAUUUUCUGCCACUAGAUCUAGCGCAGAAGUACAUUACCAACGUCCCAGCCAAAGCGAUGAAGUAUCAGUUGUUAUACGAAUUGAACAGCUCGAUUCUUGGGUGGUGCGAUCCGCUGCCGGUGCAUGGAAAAGUAUCUUGAUGAAUAUCAUUGGUAACGCAAUGAAAUGGACUAAAAACGGCCUCAUUGAGGUGACACUGUCAAAAGUGAAGCCAGACCGUCACCACAGGUCUUAUUUUGCCCAUGCACGUGUCAGAGAUACCGGCAGCGGGAUCUCACGCGAUUUUCUCAAGGACAAACUUUUUACUCCGUUCUCCCAAGAGGACCCACUAUCGCCUGGUGUCGGCCUUGGCCUCAACAUCGCACGCAAAUUGGCCUUGUCCCUUGGCGGUAAUAUUGACAUCAAAAGCGAAGUGGGUGUAGGCACCCAAGUCGACAUCCAAAUACCUUUCAAGGCUGCCCAAUCCAUCGGAAUCGCAGAUUGUCGUCCAUCGAUAACAAAGACACUCGUUCCGCCACUCAUCGAUGCUUCCAUUGUUGGAUUACAGCUUCAUCCAGAAGUGGAUGAAGUGCCCACGGGAAUCUUAAGCGUCGAUGCGAAACGGAAACUAUCUAUUAAGAACGCGCUCGUAGACGUGUUUACGACACAACUGGGCUGGCAUCUGUCGCCACGGAAAUUGUCCGACAGGACGCAAGGCGAUGUCGCGAUCAUUGAGGAAGCGGACCUUAACCACAUGCUGAUCGAGGGUUUACUACCUAUGACUGACCCUAAGCACCUUCGAGAUUAUUUCAUUGUUCUCGGUGGAAAUAUACCGCUCCUGACUGAUGAUCUGCCUGAAAAUAUCAUUCGCGUGUCUCCACCGUUCGGACCUCAAAGCCUCUACGAUGCCGCCGAAAGAUUUCUGAAAAUCUUCAAGGCACCGAUUCACUCGGACCCGACUGAUUUGGCUCCUAUUUCCGCCUUAUCAAUAAAUGAUGCGCAAAUCUCCCCUCCAACGAUAGACAUGAUCUCCACGAGAAUGGAUAAUCUUUCCCCUUCUGAGUGCAACCCUGGUCUUGCGAUUCCUCUUAAUCCCCCUGAAUCGCCUGCCCAAUCAGGAGAGUCUUCACGAGAACCUAUACGUGUACUACUUGUGGAUGAUAACGACAUCAAUCUCAAGGUAAGCGUGCACUCAUCAAAAUCCUUUGAGUAGUCGAUUAUGCCUCAUACUGUUGCAUUGUCUAAACUCACAUUGUCCCAUUAGAUUAUGUCAACGUUCAUGCGCAAAAUUGGCUGCCAGUACGACACGGCUUCGAAUGGACUCAUAGCUCUCGAGAAGUAUGAGAAUUCCAACCAACGCUUUGCCUUUGUUCUAAUGGGUAAGCCCGAAACUUGUUCAAGAAACCUCUCUGCUGGGUUAGCUACUGACAAUACUAGAUAUAUCUAUGCCCGUAAUGGAUGGAUUGGUUUCGACGAUGAAGAUACGCGAAUACGAAAGAACUAACGGACUUAGUUCAGCCUGCAUCAUGGCUGUAACGGCUGUGGCCUCCAACGACACACGGGAGGCAGCGUUGAAGGCAGGUGUCGAUGAUUUCUUGGUCAAACCGUUGUCUCUCGCGAAGCUACGUGAAUUUAUGCAUGUAUGAACGAUCUGCAUCUCACAUUGAUUCUCCAGUCAUUCAGCCAAAAUACACAUGCCAUCGAACAACCCCCCAGAUCGAUGAGCUAUGAUUACAUGUUUAAUGUUUAUAAAUUGAACCUCUACCCGUUUCAGCUGGCCUUCCCUUAUAUGUACAUUAUCUCGUUUAAACGAAAGGAUAUAUCUUUUGAAACAUGACGAAGAAAAGGAAAUGUAAUAAAUAAUAUAACAUUCCCUGGUGGCUACUCCAAACAUCGUGCCAGUACGCUGAACAUCUCCGAAGUCUCCGAAGCCCGGCGACUUCACGUGCCUUUUCGGAGGAUGGCAAUGUAAAAAAGAAAAACAAAAAAAGGUGUUGUUGCAGAUGCUGACGGUAGUAUAGAAG